CACUAACUGCCUUUCUCAACGCUCGCUUUUCUAUCAUACAUGAUUACUCUUAGUUUCUUCAGCUACAGGUCAUUAUCACAUCUCUAUCGCUAAGCUUGGUAACACAAUCUGCCUGUUGGCGGCGUCGGUCUCCCUUUGAGCUCUGUUCUUGACCGUACAAACAACCGCCACCACAACAAUGCCGUCCUUCCCAUCUCGACCUCUGGUAAGGCCUAGGGACGAUGGCCUUCAAUUAAGCUACCAACUUCCUCAUCGUGUGCACGCAGCUCAAGGCUACCCCCUCCUUGCCCCCAAUGGCUCGUCGAUCGUUGUUUACGGUUAUGAGACUGGACUGAAGGUAGUCUGGAGAGGAGGAAGACAGUUUUCCGCCGAGAAGACUUCUGCGCCGAAAGUGGACAAACCACAGAAAGCCAGCAACGCCAAUGAUGAUGCGGUCAUGAUCAUCGAUUCCGAUGACGAGAGCAUGGCAGAGACCCAGCACACUCAGCAAGAUGAAGAGCCCACCUAUCAGUUCGAGGAGGAUGAAACCGAGGUGGACCCCUUCCACCCUUACGACGAUGUUUUGCGCCAGAUUGAUAUACCCCUUGGAAGCAGAGUCCUCCAGCUGGCUGUGCCUCGUGUCCUCCCUGAAACAGCGCGCUCUUCGCUCGAUCCAUUUCCCCCGGCUCUGAAGAAGGACAUCAUCGUUGCCGCUGUGUGCGCGGACUAUUCUACUCGCAUUGUAACUCUGCCUUUGCUUCCCCCUCACCCCACGCAGAGCGAUUUCAAAAUUCAGACAAUAUCAAUCAGCGGUGGAGUAUCGCACCAGGAGAUCCCGCGGGGAGUCAGCAUCGCAUUCACCUACCAAGAAUUUGAUCAGCAAGAUCAGGAUACAUCUUCAAGCCGUGGUUCAUCCCGCUCAACUACAGGAAGGUGGGAUCUCCUCGUCGCGACACAUUCGGCUGAGUCGUCAGGUCUCUUGAUCAUUCAUCGGAUUCCGGUCGCAGAGGAUGAAAAGGCCCGCGGCACAGUAUAUCGUCUAUGCGAUGAUGAGAUUGAGACUAAGCGACGACACUUGCCCGCCCCUGCUGUGAAUAUCUCUUUCAAUCCCUCGGGUUACCCUGCCCUUCGACACUCCACGUUACUCGUCGCAUUCCACAGCGGAUGUGUCAAGGUAUACUCCUGCUUUUCCACAAAACCCCUCAAGGCCUCGCGGAGGUCGUCCGGGGCUCAGAGCGAGUUUGAGACAGUCGACACGGAAGGGAGGUGGUUGAUCAGUCUUUACCCCGGAUUCGAGCAGUCUGCUUCGGGGCUCCCUCGGCGAAAGAUCAUCACUCACGCGGAAUGGGUGCUUGGAGGUCGUGCCAUCUUGGUCCUCACAUCUGAUGGCGAAUGGGGUGUCUGGGAUUUGGAAGGGGCUGGCCCCGGAACCAUCAAGGGUCCUCUUCAGCGACAGUCGAGUGUACAGGGAGUGACGGGAGGCUCAUUGACAACGUUCUCCGUCAGCGGUAGGAUUCUAAGUCCCCUGCCUGGCGCCAGUCGGUCUGAAACAAGCGGACCUUCCUUCGAACAACGGCCCAAGUUUGCGCCCUUGACGCCAUCUACUAAACGUCUGCGCGAAGACACGCUGCUCAAAGGCGCCUCCGUUGGCACAGCCACCCCAUCCCUGAGUGGAGGAAUCUCGGUGUAUCAGACUAACUCUUGGAGGGACGCGCUACCCGAUGAAUCGAUUUUGCUGCAGCAUGGAAACCAGAGCGCAGUCAUUCCCAGUCUGCUCUCCUUGUGGCGCAACGCUGUCAAGGCUAGUGGUACAUUCGACUCAUCCAACCGCUGCCGGGUGUCUCCUCUCCAAGAUAUCACCCUAGUAGGAGAGCGCCUGAAAGGCAUCGGACACCUCCCUGCGGCGCCCCGCUCCACACGCACACAGCCAUUUGACAUGCUUCUCACGGCCGAGCAUCGACUCGUGAUUCUCGCCCCACGGUUGACUGAACCAGCACCAGCACCCGUUACCGAAUACAUCCCCGAGCCACCCACCAAGGAAACAGACCAGCAAAUGCUCCAAAGGGGCCAGCUCGGCGUGGAAGGAAUGGACCGACUCCUAAGUGGCAUGGCGAGCACAAACCGGUCCCUCCGUAUAGGAAGCCCCGUCAAGCGGACACGCGUCUUCACUUAAGCAGACACAGUGUCAACGGCAGAACAGCCAACCACCCUCCAUUUUCCACAUAUACUCCCACAUGUUCCUAACAAAUGAAGCUGAAAUCAAGACCAG